AUGAGUUCACCAAAACGACGUUGCUUUAGGCAAAGGCAAGAGAGUGAAAGCAGUACUGAUAAUGAAAAUGUUGAGGAAGAAAAUCAAGACGAGUCAAGCGGUCUGGAAGAAUACGAGAAAGAAGAGUUAAACCGUCAAAAUGAUUUAAAAGAGCGUGAUGCUUUCGUUAAGCGACUUGUUGAUCGUGAUCAACAAGAAACUAAGAGACUCUCUGCAAGGGCGAUGAGUAGACAUGAGGAGGCCUUGAGAAGAAUCGCGGCCGGUGAAAUAGGUCGUGAAGAAAUGAUUACUGAGUUACGCAAGGCUUCCAGGCGAGCAUAUUUGAGGAAGAGGCAGUCUGAUAAACUUGCUGAUCUCCAAGCUGAGAUUCAAGAUGAAGAAUUAUUUUUUGAUAACGAAGAAUUAACUGAGGCAGAGAAGGCAGAAUUGGAGUAUAAAAAAACUAUUUUGGCAGUUGCGAAGUCUCAUCAGCAGGCUGGGGAACUAGAAACUGUGACUCGUUACUAUAUCCCUACCGAAGAGAAGCGCCCGGAAGAUCGUGAAUUAAAAGAAUCCGAGGCCAAGAUAAAUGACGAAAGCAAGCGGUGGGAACAAGAGCACCUUUCCUCAGCCCUUUUCUCUUUCGGUGCUAAGGAUAAAGCUGGACAACAGGUCAAAUAUGAUCUUGUCUUGGAUGAUGAAAUAGAAUUCUUAAAAACAUUGACACGACCUGGUGCCAACGUUGAACAACAACAAGUUGAUGUAGAAGUAGAAGAAGAACGAAAAGUAGCCGAUAAACGUGAAGCUCUUAAAGAAGCUAGAUGUUCACUUCCAAUCUACAAAUUCCGAGAUGCUCUUCUACAAGCCAUAGCCGACCAUCAAGUUUUAUUAUUGAAGUACUUAUACGAAGCAGGAUAUUGCAAUAAUGGUAAACGCAUCGGUUGUACACAGCCUCGUCGUGUUGCCGCUAUGUCAGUCGCUGCUCGAGUUUCACAAGAAAUGUCUGUUAGACUUGGCUCUGAGGUUGGGUAUAGUAUUCGUUUUGAAGAUUGUACUUCAGAGCGUACAAUCAUCAAGUAUAUGACUGAUGGUAUGCUGUUGCGUGAAUUUCUAACAGAACCAGAUUUGGGCGCUUAUUCCGUAAUGAUGAUAGAUGAAGCUCACGAGCGUACACUUCAUACAGACAUACUAUUUGGUCUAGUGAAGGAUGUAGCACGUUUUCGUCCUGAUUUAAAACUUCUAAUUAGUUCUGCAACUUUGGAUGCAGAGAAAUUUGCUGCUUUUUUUGAUGAUGCUCCUGUAUUCCGAAUUCCAGGUCGUCGUUAUCCAGUUGAUAUUUACUACACAAAAGCUCCAGAAGCUGAUUAUAUUGAAGCUGCUAUUAUAUCUGUCUUGCAAAUUCAUGUAACUCAACCACCUGGUGAUAUUCUAGUCUUUUUAACUGGUCAAGAAGAAAUUGAAACUGCUAAUGAAUUACUCAUGGAACGGACAAGGAAAUUAGGCAGUAAAAUUCGAGAACUAUUAGUCUUACCAAUCUAUUCUACACUUCCGUCUGAUAUGCAGGCAAAAAUCUUUGCUCCAACACCACCUGGUGCACGAAAAGUUGUCUUAGCAACAAAUAUAGCUGAAACAUCGCUUACAAUCGAUGGUAUUAUUUAUGUGAUUGAUACAGGAUUUUGUAAACAAAAAUUUUAUAGUGCACGUUCUGGUGUAGAAUCAUUGAUAGUUGUACCGAUAUCACAAGCUGCAGCUGAUCAAAGAGCUGGACGUGCUGGUCGUGUAGCUGCAGGCAAAUGUUUUCGUCUGUACACUUCACAUGCAUAUCAUACAGAAUUAGAGGCACAGCCUAUUCCAGAAAUACAACGUACAAAUUUAGGCAAUGUUGUCUUAUUGUUGAAAUCUCUCGGUAUUGAUGAUCUAUUACACUUUGAUUAUAUGGAUCCACCACCUCAUGAUGCAUUAAUUAUGGCAUUGGAACAGUUAUAUGCUUUAGGUGCAUUGAAUCAUAAAGGUGAAUUAACUAAAAUGGGUCGUCAAAUGGCUGAGUUUCCGUGUAGUCCACAAUUAUCAAAAAUGAUUUUAGCCUCAGAUAAGUAUAAAUGUUCCGGUGAUAUAAUUACUAUAGCAGCUAUGCUUUCAGUAAAUAACUCCAUCUUCUAUAGACCUAAGGAUAAAUUAAUUCAUGCAGAUACAGCACGAAAAGGAUUUUUUCAUAUAGCUGGUGAUCAUGUUAUGCUAUUGAGUGUUUAUAAUCAAUGGGCAGAGUCAGAUUUCUCUUCUCAUUGGUGUUAUGAACAAUUUAUUCAAUAUCGAACUAUGAAACGUGCUCGUGAUAUACGUGAUCAAUUUGUUAAUCUAUUAGAUCGAGUUGAAAUUGAACUGGUGAAUAAUUCAAGUGAUCAUGUGAAUAUUCGAAAGGCAAUUACAGCUGGAUUUUUCUAUCAUACUGCACGAUUCACUGGGAAUGGUUAUAAAACUGUAAAACAAAAGCAUACAAUAUAUCCACAUCCUAAUUCUUGUCUAGCUGAAUCUUUAUCAAAAUGGGUUAUUUAUCAUGAAUUAGUAUAUACUACUAAAGAGUUUAUGCGUCAAAUUAUUGAAAUUGAACCGAAAUGGUUACUUGAAGUUGCACCACAUUAUUAUAAAGAGAAAGAAAUUGAGUGUAACAAUGAAAAAAUGUCUAGGAAUAAAGGUAAAUCACGUGUUGAAUUAGAACCGAAGGAAGGUAUUUAA